ACAAGCCCCUGCUCUGCAGCUCUCUGGAACAGAUUAUGGCCAUGGAUCUGGAACACAAUCAGCCCACAGAUUACUAUUAUGAGGAAAAUGAAGUAAACGGCACUCAGGAUUAUAGUCAGUAUGAAAUACUCUGUGUCAAAGAGGAGGUCAGAAAUUUUGCCAAGGUGUUCCUGCCUGCUUUUUACGCAGUGGCUUUUAUUGCUGGAAUUGCAGGAAAUUCCACAGUGGUGGCUAUCUACGCCUACUACAAGAAACAGAAAACCAAGACUGAUGUGUAUAUCAUGAAUCUGGCAGUGGCCGAUUUGCUUUUGCUCCUCACCUUGCCGUUCUGGGCAGUGAACGCAGUGCAAGGAUGGGUACUAGGGAUACCAAUGUGCAAACUAACUUCAGCCUUAUUCACCAUAAACUUUGUCUCCGGAAUGCAGUUUCUGGCCUGCAUCAGCAUAGACAGAUACUCUGCGAUAACUAAACUCCCAGGUCAUCAAAGAGUUGGAAGACCUUGUUGGAUUAUUUGUGUCAGUGUCUGGCUCACAGCAAUUCUGCUGAGCGUACCUCAACUCGUUUUUAAUACGGUGAACGACCACCAGAGAUGCCUCCCUAUAUUCUCACACCACCUAGGAACAACAAUGAAGGCAUCGAUUCACAUCAUGGAAAUUUGCCUAGGGUUUGUCUUCCCCUUUCUCAUAAUGGCAGUUUGCUAUUCUAUGACUGCCAGGACACUCCUCAAGAUGCCCAACGUGAAGAAAUCUCGGCCCCUCCAGGUUCUCCUGGCCGUAGUGGUGGUUUUCAUUGUCACUCAGCUGCCGUACAACAUAGUCAAGUUCUGGCAAGCCAUCGACAUCAUCUAUUCGCUGAUUAUUGACUGUGAAAUGAGCAAGCGCAUGGAUGUGGCCAUACAAAUCACAAAAAGCUUGGCCCUUUUUCACAGCUGUCUCAACCCAAUCCUAUAUGCUUUUAUGGGCUCCUCUUUUAAAAUGCACAUUACCAAAAUGGUGAAGCAAUAUGGCUACUGGAGGAGACAGAGACAAAAUCCGGAAGACAUUCCCUUUGAUUCUGAAGGCCAUACAGAGCCAACAAGUACUUUUAGUAUCUAGCAGACAGACCGAUUUCUUUGUUCACUGGGGUGCAUGAUGCUGCUUCAAUGUGUAUGGGAGAACACAUCUGUAUUUAUCAGAAACUCAAAUUUCAGUAUGGGACACUAAGGCAUAUAUCUAGAUAAGACAGUUUUAUAUCUUGCUGUAAAAAGUAGCAUAAACUUAUAAGCCAAGCUCCCCCUUGUGAUCUCAAAAAAUCCAGCAGUGCACUAAAUGAUUUAAAACAAUAAUAACUACCAGAGGAGGAAAGGAAGAAAUCCCUACAGAAAAACCAGCAAAGACCUAGGAAAUGAACAAGCAAAGAAAACUCCUAAGGCAAUAAAAGACAGUAUAGGGUAAGAGAAUGUUAAGCGAAAUCUCUGAAGGUAGAGAAUAAUUCUGUAAUAACUAGAAUCACAGAAAGGGGGUAUAACAUACAUCAAAAACCCUAACAAUUGCUAGAAGGGCUAGUAAAAGAAUAAAGGGAAGAGAUCAAGAGGGAAAUUAGAGCUCUCAAUGAAAAACUCAAAUGUGAAUGGGUGGCUUGGAACAGAAGUUGGGCAACCUUAGCCAAGCAGGAGACACAUAGAAAAAGAACAGAGGAGAUAGAGGUUUUGUU